AUGGAUUUCGUUAAUGGGUUGCCUCUAACACCCAUAAAGAAGGAUUCAAUAUGGGUCAUCAUGCAUCGAUUGACCAAGUCUGCCCACUCUAUACUGGUUCGUAUUGAUUAUUCUCUGCACAAGCUGGUGAGGCUUUAUAUUUAUGAGAUAAUGAGACUGCAUAGAGUACCAAUUUCGAUCACCUCUUAUAGGGAUCCUCGUUUCGCGUCUCGAUUUUGGAGGAAGUUACAUCAAGCUCUGGACAGUUGGAAGGAUUACUUGCCGCUAGCUGAGUUUGCUUAUAAUAACAGCUAUCAGUCUAGCAAUCAAAUGGCACCUUACGAGUCUUUAUAUGGUCAUAGGUGUCACACAUCUUCAUGUUGGACUGAGUUGGGCAAGCGGCAUGUUCUGGGCCCUGAACUAGUUUCUAAUACUGAGGAUAAAGUUAAACUGAUUCGGGAUCGAUUAAAAGCGGCAACUGAUAGGCAGAAGUCCUACACCGAUCUGAAGCGUCGAGAGAUUGAGUAUUUUGUGGGGCAUUUCAUUUUUCUCAAGGUCUCACCAUGGAAGAAGGACGUGUUCCAUGUCUCUAUGUUGAGGCACUACCACUCUGAUCCCAUGCAUAUUGUUCUUGUUGAGGAGAUCAAGGUUAGGCCAGAUCUGACCUUUGAGGAGGAGCCAGUUCAGAUUCUUGAUCGCAACAUUAACGUUUUGAGAAGGAAAUCUAUUCCACUAGUAAAGAAUGGGCCUACUGGUCAGGUGGAUAAGUGGGGUGUUAGUGUGAGGGAUGUCAUGGGUUCGAAUCUUUGGGACAGAAAGGGUUGUAUUUUUGCUCCUAAUUUCGGCAAGAGUUGUGCUGAACUGGAUUUUUGA